GGAAGAAAUGCGAGACGGUGUUGCCUGCCCUGUCGUGCGGGGGCACGGUAGCGGAGUGCGGGCCCGCUGCCCACCCCUAGUUUUCCCGACAAUUCGCGAAACCUGGGCCUAAAAAUAAUAAAGCAAAAUAUCUUCAGCUUUCCCGGAGAAAGGCGCUCGGCGGAAGGGUAAAACAAGGAGGAACCCUGCUAAAGCCUAAAACCCCUACCGACGCUCUAACGCAGUCGGUGGAUAUCGCAGGCUCGUACAAAUAGGACGUUGAUUCUGACUUCCACAAUCUGAAUAUCAAUUCAUCAGACGGAAAGAGCACACUAAUGCAAAUGGACUCCAAGGACUCAUCAAACAUUCAAGCAAAGGAUAAGGAAAAGAAGGACCUUAACGAGUCAAUGAAUAAGCUGCAUAUUGAGGGGGCAUCAUCUGAGCAGGCAGGGACUUCGACUACCAACUUCAAGAGGAAACCAGUUAUUAUUAUUGUUGUAGGAAUGGCCGGGAGUGGAAAAACGACAUUUCUUCAUAGGCUGGUUUGCCACACCCAGGCUUCCAACAUUCGGGGUUAUGUGAUGAACCUUGACCCUGCUGUGAUGACCCUCCCAUUUAGCGCUAACAUUGAUAUAAGAGACACUGUGAAGUACAAGGAAGUGAUGAAACAGUUCAAUCUAGGACCUAAUGGCGGAAUUUUGACAUCACUCAACUUGUUUGCUACAAAGUUUGAUGAGGUUAUUUCUGUUAUUGAGAGGCGAGCAGAUCAGCUUGAUUAUGUUCUUGUGGAUACUCCUGGUCAGAUUGAAAUAUUCACUUGGUCUGCUUCGGGUGCCAUCAUUACAGAAGCUUUUGCAUCAACCUUCCCUACUGUUAUUGCUUAUGUAGUCGAUACACCUCGUUCAUCAAGUCCAGUGACUUUCAUGAGCAAUAUGCUAUAUGCUUGUAGUAUACUUUACAAAACUAGGUUGCCUGUUGUGCUGGCAUUCAACAAGACUGAUGUGGCUAAACAUCAAUUUGCCUUGGAGUGGAUGGAAGACUUUGAGGCAUUUCAAGCAGCAGUAAGUUCAGAUGAAUCAUACACAUCAACUUUGAGUCAGAGCCUGUGUCUUGUGCUGGAUGAGUUCUACAAGAAUUUACGUACUGUUGGAGUGUCUGCUGUUACUGGUGCUGGAAUGGAGGAAUUCUUUAAGGCCAUUGAUGCAAUUGCAGAGGAAUACAUGGAGAACUAUAAGGCUGAUCUUGACAAGAGACGGGCUGAGAAGCAAUGCUUGGAGGAAGAACGCAGGAAGGAAAACAUGGAUAAGUUGAGGAAGGAUAUGGAAAAAUCAAGGGGAGAAACUGUCGUCUUGAACACUGGUCUGAAGGACAAAAAAGACCAUAAUAAAACUGUGAUGGAUGAAGAAGAUAAAGAAAUAGAAGGGGAAGAUGAUGAUGACUAUGAGGAAUUUACUGAAGAGGAAGAUGUUAUCGAUGAGGAUGAAGAUGAAGAAGUUGCUAGAUUCUCCUUUUAGUACACCUAUUCCAAUGUAGUUUUCUUGAAACAAAAUUUUGUAUAGGACCUUAACAACUAACUAAACCUCUAAUUUAACGCCAUAUAGGAUUAUGGUAUUGUGUUUGCUAUUUACAAGUCUGAUUAUUGAAGUUUCUGCAGUAUGAUUGAGUUUUA